ACCACGUGUGUGAAUAAUAGCGUGUAGCCUUUGUGCAUUUACACUGAAAUGAAAUGGUUUGAUUCCAGGAUGCGUUCCCUGUCAGAGCAGCUGCAGCAGACACGCACACAGACGGAGGUGUGUCUGUACUCGGGCGAGCGACAGGUGGAGGUGUGGGCAGGUGUUAUGGCCAUGGCCAAUCUGCCCCUUCCACCCGGAUCCAAGUACCACCACAUCACUGCGGAAACGCUGGUGAUCGAGAACAGUGCUGGGAGCAACCGCAAAGAAACCUUGGCGUCCUUGCAGAGGUUAUCCACUGCUCUAAACAUUCUAGAGAAAUACGGCUGUAACCUGACCAACCCAAACAGACCAAAGUUCUGGAGAACAGUGAAGCACAACAACCCAGUGUUCAGAGCCACGGUGGACGCCAUCCAGGGUGGUCGUGGGGUACUCUCCUUGUACGGGUACUCUCUGCAGGAGCCAGACGGACUCAGUUUCCCAGAGAACAUAUUGACUCCAGACGUGGGGCGAGUGGCAGCGGUCACUCUGGAGGUCAUGAGCCUCAGGAUGGAGAUCGAGAUGAUUAUCAAGGAGGCCCAUCCCCAUCCAGAGUUUUAUGAGAGAAUAAUCCCUACUCUCAGACACAAGGAUGUGGGUCUGAACACCGAUGUCGUUGGUUCUCAGUUCUCUGCUCAUUCGUCUGGACACAGUAAAUCUCUGGGGUUUCCCUCCAAACACCACUCCUCCAGGGGCCCCUCCCACACAGGGGCCGAGCGGGGGCCCAAGUCCAUGCAGCCAAAGCACCCAGAGAACUGUUCCAUCUGUGGGAUCUUCCGUAUCUCAGUGCACUGUGUGACUUGCCUUCAGGGCCUCUGCUCCGAGUGUGAUAAACUUUACCACAGUGGAGCAGAGAGAGCCGGACACCAGCGCACCAAAGUCACCUCCACACUGCCCCCUGGAGCCAAGAUGAGGAAGCACAGCAGUUCGUCUUCAUGGAAGUGCGUGCUCUGCUCCAGGACUAACUCCAGUCACGAGGUGCUGUGUGAGGAGUGUGAAAGCCCAAGGAGAGGCCUUAGCUCUGGCGUGGGAGCAGAAGACAAACCCCCCUCCUCCAUCACUGAGUGGCAGUGUAAGAGCUGUACCGUGGUGAACGCUGCCAGCAGUGUGUUAUGUGAGGUGUGUGAGCGCCCCCGUCUGGCCACACGUCCUCCUGUCACCCUGUCGCACCCGCCCAUCACCCCUCCCCGGCCUCCUGCUCCUGUGCUAGGGAUGCCUGGUGACCCAGACAGCCAGUGGGUGUGUCAGUUCUGUACGUACCUGAACUACUCUCCAGCCACAGUGUGUGAGAUGUGUGACCUCCCGCGCCCUGAGCCCCCGCCCCUAAACCGCCGCCCCCCCUCCCCUGUGAGGCGGGUCCCUGCGCUGUCAAUCAAGUCCAAAGACCCCUCCCCUGAGAGCCAGGAGACGCGCAGACAGAGGGUCCUGAAGGAGGAGGGGCUUAAACUCAUACAACUCAUCAGGGAGGGCGAGAAGAAAGGCAUCAGUCCAGAGGAAGUGUACACCAGUCUGACUCUGUCUCAGGAUCCUCAGCCCUGGAGGUGGAUGAAGUCUGACCUGCCCCGAGUCCUGGCCCAGAUCCAACUCCUUGUCUCCACAGCAAUGGUGCAGGACAAGAACCGGAGCAACGCACAGCACACAGUCAGUGACAACUACAAACAAACUACUGCUAACAACAAACCUACAGGUAGUGAGAGAGGGAUUCAGAUCUCUAAAGCUGAGGCAAAGCAAGCCUGGCUGUCAGCAGGGGGCGAUGUUCAGCGUGCGGCCACACAGGCUUUGAGGGACCGACAGGCAAAGGUGGAAGAGCUGAGUUCCUUGGGCUUCUCUGAUGUUUCACAGGUGCAGGAGGUGCUAACCCAGGCAGGGGGGCAGCUAAGGGGGGCUUUGGCUCUGCUGCAGAGGUCGAUGCUGGAGCCUUUUCAUGAGCGAAUCUGGAGCGACGACCCAGAGCCCCCUGUGGAUGUGCACCACCCGGAUAAAGACCGAAUCUGUCGGCGCCUGCUGGCCGUGUAUGACCUUCCAAGCUGGGGCCGCUGCGAGCUGGCCCUGUCCCUGCUGCUGGAGAACAGCGCCCCCUACGCUCUGGAGGAUGUGGUGCAGGCCGUGAGGGAAUCCCACGAUCGAGAAUUCAUCAAGAGGGUCCUGGCCAAAGAGUGCCCCAUCUGCCUAUCUGUAUUUCCACACAGCAAGAUGCAGUCCCUGACCUCGUGCCAGUGCAGUGUGUGCUGUGGCUGUUUCCAGCAGCACUUCACCAUCGCAGUUCGGGACAAACACAUCAGAGACAUGGUGUGUCCCGUGUGCUGGGAGCCCGACAUCAACGACCCCGAGACCCUCAACAGCUACUUCUCCACCUUAGACAUACAGUUGCGUGAGUGUCUGGAGCCUGAAGUCUAUGAACUGUUCCAUAAGAAACUGACUGAACAGGCUCUGAUCAAGGACCCCAAGUUCCUCUGGUGCUGCCAUUGCUCCUAUGGCUUCAUUUACGAUGGAGACCAGCUCAAAGUCACCUGCUUCCAGUGUCGCAACAGUUUCUGUGCUCAGUGCAAGAAACCAUGGGAGUCGCAGCACGCAGGUCUCACCUGUGAGCAGUACCAGACCUGGAAGAGAGAGAACGACCCUGAGUACCAGAGACAGGGGUUGGCCGGGUAUCUGCGUGACAACGGCAUCACGUGUCCACACUGCAGGUUCCAGUAUGCUCUCUCUAAAGGCGGCUGUAUGCACUUCUGCUGCUCUCAGUGCAGGUACCAGUUCUGCAGCGGCUGCAACAACCCCUUCCACACCACAUGUGCCGUGGAUGAGUGCAGCGUCUCCGGGCUCCACGCACACCACCCCAGAGAUUGUCUGUUCUACCUGAGAGACUGGGAGCCCUCCAGACUGCAGGCCCUGCUACAGAACAAUGGAGUGGCAUUCAACACUGAAGCGCCCCCUGGGACACAGACGGGUCAGUGUGGUGUCCUGGAGCAGAAGGAUGAGGGCGGGCAGCAGUCUGACUCAGCCUGUGGAGCUCAGACUCAGCCUGGACACGCUGGACUCUGCGAGAAGCAUUACCGUGAGUACCUGGUGAGCCUGAUCAACAGCAGCUCUCUGGACCCUGCUCCUCUGUUCAACUCCACUGAACUGCUCCUGGCCUGUAGAAGAUACAAGGUGGACGAGAGCCGGCGAGAAGGAGAAGACAACCUCAGCUACUACACAAGACUGCUACAGAAACUGAUGGAUGAAGUUCCACUUGGAGAUAAGGUGCCUCGUAAAAAGGCCUAAACAAAC